CUCUCUCAAUCUGGCAUGUUCUCUCUGGUUCUUCACAUUUCCUUGCUCCAAUUUCAGACCUUCCCUUCUACGCCCUAGCCAUGGCGUCCAAGGGCAAGGGGAUCGCCAAAGAUGCCUCUCCCGGUAAACGGAAGCUUCGCGAUGAUAAUAAUUCCUCCGCAGCCCGCAAGAGGAGGGACCGGAGCGUUCUCCAGUUCUUUGAGGAUGUCACUCCUGAUUUCGGUGGCGAAAGCGAUGACAGUGAUUUUUUUGAUGGUUUCAUGGAGGAAGAUUUUGAGACAAUACCGGCUUUUAAGAAUGAUGAUGCAAAAGCUCAAAAUAUUCCAUUCUUCCCAAAAGAAGAAGAAAUGAAUGAAGAAGAAUUUGAUAGAAUGAUGGAGGAACACUACAAUCAAGGUCCUGGAUACGGUGCAUUUGCAGAAGAAAAUUAUGAGAACAAAAAUUCAACUGGAAGAAACCCUCCCCUGCAAUCUGCCAGGGAUACUAUCUCUCUGUGGAAGGUUAAAUGCAUGGUUGGGCGUGAGCGGCAAUCAGUUUUUUGUCUUAUGCAGAAAUUUGUUGAUUUGAACUCAUUUGGUACCAAGCUACAGAUAAAAGCUGCAUUUUGUGUGGAGCAUGUAAAAGGUUUUAUUUACAUUGAAGCUCCUAGGCAGUAUGAUUUGAUUGAGGCAUGUAAAGGCAUAAGUGGAAUAUAUUCUACCCGUGUAGCUUCUGUUCCAGAAAACGACAUCUCUCAGUUACUUACUGUUCGAAGUAGAGUCAGUGAAGUUGCUGUGGGUACCAUGGCUCGUGUAAAAAAUGGAAAAUACAAGGGAGACCUUGCUCAGAUUGUUGCGGUCAACAAUGCACGCAAGAGAGCGACAGUGAAACUGGUUCCAAGGAUUGAUCUCCAAGCAAUGGCUGAAAAAUUUGGUGGAGGAUCAGCUGCUAAGAAAACUUCCAAUCCCGCACCACGAUUGAUCAACUCUAGCGAACUUGACGAAUUUCGACCACUUAUGCAAUUUAGGCGUGACCGUGAAACUGGAAAGCUUUUUGAGUUUCUUGAUGGGAUGAUGCUCAAGGAUGGAUAUCUAUAUAAAAAAAUUUCUUUAGAUUCAUUAAACUGCUGGGGGGUGAUGCCAUCUGAAGAUGAGCUCUUAAAGUUCAAGCCUCCUGAGAGCAAUGAAUCUCAUGAUCUGGAGUGGCUUUCUCAACUUUAUGGUGAAAAGAAGAAAAAGAAGAUUAUUAGGACUGAAAAAGGGGGUGGAAAAGGAGAGGGCUCAUCGGGGUCUUGUUCCACGAGCAGCUUUGGAGAUCAUGAUCUUAUCUGUUUUGGCCGGAAAGAUUUCGGGAUGAUAUUAGGAAUGGAAAAAGAUGAUAGCUACAAGAUUUUGAAGGACAGCCCUAAUGGAUCUGUUGUGGUGAAUGUGCAACGGAAAGAGUUAAAAGGUGGGUCUUUGGAUGCCAAAUUUACUGCUGCCGAUCACAAUGGAAAGAUGAUCUCUGUUUCAGACAAUGUCAAAGUUUUGGAAGGAUCAUUGAAGGAUAAGCAAGGGAUUGUUAAGCAUGUAUACCGACACACAGUAUUUGUAUAUGAUGAGAAUGAGAUGGAAAACGAUGGUUAUUUCUGCUGCAAAUCUAACAAGUGUGAGAAAAUCAAGAUUUCUUAUGAUGCACCUAGUGGAAAGGAGGAUGACAAGGGUUUCUCUGGUUUUGAGGAUUUCUCCUCUUCUCCCAAGUCACCUCUAUCACCUAAAAAGCCAUGGGCAGAGAAGGAAACUGGUCGUGAGUACAACCGUGAUGACAGAGGAGAUGGAAUGUUCUCCAUUGGUCAGACCUUGAGAAUACGUGUUGGUCCUUUAAAGGGAUACCUGUGCCGUGUUAUAGCUGUACGCAAAAGAGAUGUUACAGUGAAGCUUGAUUCUCAACAAAAGGUUCUUACAGUCAGAUCAGAUUUUCUUUCAGAGGUACAGAGAAAGAGCUCUGCAGUGUCUCUUAGUGAGGAUCCCCUAAAACCAUUCGAUAUUCUGGGAAAUGAAGGCAGCUCCCAAGAUUGGAUGGGCGGUACAGGGUCAUCUGCAGGUGGUGAUGGCUGGAAUUCUACCGGGCCUUCGUCAGAAGGAAAUCCUUGGCCCAGUUUCCCUGAGUCCAGUACCUUGAAUGGUCCAGGGUCCAGUUCCACGAAUCCUAUUGGUUCUGAAAGUUUUGAUGCUAAAAAAGACGAAGAUUCUCCUUGGGUGAGCAAGUCGACUCCAGAUGCAAGCACUUCCUGGGGUGCUGCAAAAUCAAGUGUUGAUACUGCCAACAAUGGUCAAGCAUCUGGAUGGGGAAAGAGCGAUUCGUGGGGCAAAACUAUUGCCAAAACUUGUUCUGAUGGCAAUGCCUCUGGUGCCUGGGGCAAAACUGCUGUACCUAGUGGAGAUUCUGCAGGCCUUACUGAACAUACUUGGGACAAGUGGGACAAAGGAAAGCAGGUAUCUUCUGAUAAUCAGACAGGAAACUGGGGUGAUGGAACAUCUGGAAAGAACGAACACAGUGCAUGGAGCAGAGAUAAAGAUGCAGAAUCUGGGGGGUGGAAAAAGACUCAAAGUGCUAAUUUUGAUGAUGAUAAGACUCCAGCGGAAUCCGCAGGUGACUGUACCAAUCCUGAAGCAGAAAAUAAGGUGAAUCCAAGUGGCUGGAAUGAAGGCACUUCAAUGAAGGGAAGUCAAACAUCAAACUGGGGUAACCAGGAUGAGACAGGUGGUUGGGGUAAACCGAAGAACGUGGGUAAUGGUGGCAGUUCAGCUUGGAAUAAAUCUACUUCUGGUGAUGGAGCUGUAGAAAACGACAGUUGGAAUAAACCAAAACUUUGUAGUCAUGAUGAAAAUAUUGGGAAAAAAGGAUGGGGACAGAGUAAUGAAGCCAGUGAUAAUGGUAACAAAUGGCAGAGUUCAAGGUCUGAUGGUGGAACAAAAUGGGGCACUAAUGAAUCAGAACAUGAGGGUGGGAAAGAUAAAUCUGAUUCCUCAAGUUUGACAACUCCCAGAGGAGAUCAAUCGGUGGGAGGUUGGGAUAAGCAGCGCAGUUCAAAUGAUACGAAAGCCUCUGAGGAAAAUUCUCCUUGGAAUAAGAAAUCUGUUGAAAGUGGUAAAGAUGGCGAGCUCAAGAAUCAAGGCAGUGGUUGGAAUGUUGGAAAAACUUCCGGUGGAGAUUCUGCAUCUGGGUGGGGUCAGGCCAGCAAGGAAGCUGGUUCAAGUGACCUAGCGGGUAACUGGGGUUCAAACUGGAAAAAGAAUUCUGAUGUUGGGAAUGAGGAUUCUAGUUUGGCCAAGAAAAGCAACUGGAGUUCUGGAAGUGGCAAUUCUAACUGGGGCGAGAAAAGUAACUGGAACUCCGGAAAUGAAUAUAAUGCUAAUCAUUCCACCGGUGGUGCUGAAGCUCAAACUGACGUUUCAAAUGAUACCUCAGGUUAUGGAAGUUGGAGGGAAGAAAAUAGUGAUAGAGGAGGAUAUAGAGGUAGAGGUGGUUUCAGAGGAAGGGGUGAAAGGGGCCGGUUUGGUGGUAGAGGCAGAUCUGAUAGAGGUGGUUUUGGCAGAGGAGGAUUUGGAGGCAGAGGCCGUGGGAGAUGGAAUAGUGAAGGUGGUUCAAAUGGUGGUGACAAUAAAGGGUGGAGUAGUGGUGGUGGUGGUGACAAUAGAGGGUGGAGCAGUGGUGGUGGUGGUGGUGAUGACAAUAAAGGGUGGAGUAGUGGUGGCGGUGGCGAAGACAAUAAAGGGUGGAGUAGUGGUGGUGCUGGCGGCGGUGACAAUAAAGGGUGGAGUAGUGGUGGUGGAGGUGACAAUAAAGGAUGGAGUAGUGGUGGUGGUGGUGACAAUAAAGGAUGGAGCAGUGGUGGUGGUGACAAUAAAGGUUGGAGCGGUGGUGGUGGUGGUGGGAGCAGUGACUGGGAGAGAUCUGGAUCAGAUCGAGGUGGAUUUGGUGGCAGAGGUCGUGGAAGAUGGAGCAGUGGAAGUGGUUCAAACGACGGUGACAGGGAGAAAUUUGGAUCAGACCGAGGUGGAUUUAGAGGCAGAGGCCGUGGAAGAUGGAACCAAGAAGGUGGCUCACAUGAUGGUGACAAUGGAGGGUGGAGGGGCGGUAGAGGUGGAUAUGGAGGUAGAGGCCGUGGAAGAUGGAAUCAAGAAGGUGAUUCAAAUGAUGGUGACAAUGGAGGAGGAGGAGGAGGUUGGAGUAGCGGUGGUGGUGGUGGUAGCUGGGGGAAGUCCGGAUCAGACAGAGGAGGGGGGUUUGGAGGUAGAGGCUCUGGCAAAUGGAACCAAGAAGGUGGUUCAAAUAAUAAUGGAAGGUGGAGCAGUGGCGGUGGUGCAGGGUCUUGGAACCAAGGAGGUGAUGAAAAGAACCAGCCGCAGAGCUGGAAGCCGAGCAAUGAUGGUGGCGACAAAUUUGGUGGUCAGCAGGGAUCAGGUUGGAAGGAACCAACAAGUGGGAAUGAGCCAAAUAAUUGGAAAUCGUCUGGUUCUUCCGGUGCGGAUCAUAAUUCUGGGUGGAACAAAUCAACGACAGGCAAGGAGAUUGAAGAGAGUGAUAGUCAGAAGAACAGCUGGAGCCAAGCAACAAAGGUGGAUGAUGCUCAUGGCGGCGGAGGCUGGCAGAAGCCAGCAUCUGGUUGGAAUGGAGGAACUGAGAAUCAAACAGUAAAGAAUGAUGUGAAUGCAAGUGCUAAAGAUGGAGGUUGGGGGAAGCCUGCUUCUGGUUGGAAUGAGGGAAGUGGAAAUCAGGGCAACAAUAAUUGGAAAUUUUCAGAGACUUCUGGUGAGGGUCAAAGUUCCACCUGGAACAAAGAAGCCAAUGUAGGUGCCCAAGAAGGAGGAGAAGAAGGGGGUUCGGAGAAGCCGACGUCCAGUUGGAAUGCCGAGCAGCCUCAAGGAGGAGGAGGAGGGGGUUCAGAGAAGCCUACGUCCAGUUGGAAUACCGAGAAGCCUCAAGGAGGAGGAGGAGGAGGGGGUUGGGAGAAGCCUACGUCGAGUUGGAAUACCGAGCAGCCUCAAGGAGGAGGGGGUUUGGAGAAGCCUCCAUCCAGUUGGAAUACCGAGAAGCCUCAAGGAGGAGGAGGGGGUUCGGAGAAGCCAAUGUCGAGUUGGAAUACUGAGCAGCCUCAAGGAGGAGGAGGGGGUUCGGAGAAGCCAAUGUCGAGUUGGAAUACUGAGCAGCCUCAAGGAGGAGGAGGAGGUUGGGAGAAGCCUACGUCCAGCUCGAAUACCGAGCAGCCUCAAGGAGGAGGAGGAGGAGGAGCUUGGAGUAAAUCCAGUUCUGCCGAGGACGGGAAGUCGUCAUCCGGUUGGGGUCGCUGAUGGAUAUGGUAAUAUCUCAAUUUAAGUUUAGUAGGUAGACAAACCAAGAGGGUGUUUUAACUGUUAAGAAGACUGUUUCUUUUUAAGGGCACUUGUGAAAAUCUUUAUGACAUUUGAAUAUUCUAGGCGAUGCCAUGGAUUAUAAUCACAAACUAUCAUUCUGUGUAGUUCACGUCUUUGAGCAUGUUUGAUUAUAACUAGGGAGGUUAUAGGAUCCAAAUACUUUUCUCAUGGGGCUUGUGGAUGUCUUUCCCUUCCGAACAUCCGAACAUGUUUAUAAAUUCUGAGUGGCAGUGCCCGUGCAUUACUGU